UCCAAUGAGAGGAGAUUCGGAAGUAGCGUGCAGCAUCAACAAAUUCGAGAUUGUAAUAAUAUUGUUUGUGUUAAAUUAGUGAUCAUAUAUAUUUUGCCUGUUGGAUGAUAGGAUAUAAUCGAUAUUUCUGGAUGUCAUUCUACAACGCCAUCAGUAUCAUAAGGUUUUUGAAUAUGUUGUCGUCGUAGUUUUAAACUCACUUUUUUUCCUGGUAGGUGGAAGUCGAUUCGCUUCAUUGGCACAAAGUUCAUGUUAGCUAGUUAGCCAGAGGGUGUAUUUAUUACGCCUAUUCUUUUGCAAAACGUUUCUUUAAACGGAACGACACGGGGAGGGACCUACCUGCAUUUGACCAAUAUAAACUCUCGUUUUACACCCCAGCUACUGACAACGAAAUGGAGUCGACUGAAAAAAUGUGUUGCGUGGUCACGGUGUCUGAGUCUUUUUCUGAUCAGAAACCUGUAAGCUGUAGUGGAGUCAUCCUGAACUCACAGACUAGUCUCGUGCUAUGCAAUGGUCUUAUCUUUUCUCGCUUUAUGAAUGACAAGGACGCUUUCUCUUCAGAUCACCGGUUCCUACUACCAGACAGUUUCAGUGGAAAACUCAAAAUUAGCCUAAACUUCCGUGAACACCGAGAUUUGGACACAAACCAAUGCGCAUACCAGUCAUGCACCGUCGCGGAGAGCAACAGCACCUCGCUGCAUCAGCACCAAGCGACAGCACAGCUGCUGAUGCUCGCCAACUGUUUGGAGUUCAAGAGUGCUUUCGAGAAGAUCUUCAAAGAGUCUGAUAAGUGGCGUUUUUACGGUGGGGAGGAGGAUGAUGAUGAUGCAGAGAUGGUUAGGGAUUCAGAGUUUCUGAGCUGGUUUGCUGUACUCAAGGUACCAGCCUUGGCCAAAGCGUCAAACGUCAACGUUGGAACCAUACCAUGGGCGACCAGCUCCACUCUCCGGAAAGGAUGCGCGGUCCUCGCCUGUGGCUCUCCCUUCGGCGCCUUCUACCCCGAUCUCUUCAUGGGCACACUAAGCAAGGGUAUCAUCAGUAACCUGUCCGGGGAAGGUAACGCUCUCAUUCUCACUGAUGCCCGCUGCCUGCCCGGUACAGAGGGAGGGGGGCUUUUUGUGCCCCACGGAGACCGAACGCUCCUCGUCGGUUUGAUCGUGUCCCCCUUGUGCUGGAAAGCCAGCGAGUGGAUUGGGCUGACUCUUGUGUGCUCGCUCCAGAUGAUUUUGAGGAACAUCACACAGUGUGUGAAUAUUUGCAAUCCACACCAAGAGAUCCACCACAUACAGGAAUCCACAGACUUCUUUCUAGCCUUACAGAGUGAAACUGAAACUCAGACGUACCCCACAGUGGCCUUAGUAGAUGCUGGACAAUUCUGGGGCUCUGGGGUUCUGGUUAGUCCUCGGUUGGUGGUCACCUGUCGACAUGUUGUCAAUGGAAAACCUGUUGUCACCUUGAGAUUCAACACCAAUGACAGGUUUCAUGCCGUGGUGAGUGAUGUCCUGUACUCCACCAAGGCAUCGUCUCCCUAUGAUGUAGCCGUGGUGCAGCUAAGACACCUUCCCCCGGAGGUAGUCGUGUCACGCUUGGCCACAUCGUUUACACCAGGUGAGGACGUGGUGGUGGUGGGUUAUGGAGCUUUCGGCCAGCGUUGUGGUCCCUCUCUGACCAGUGGCAUCCUGUCCAGGGCCAUCGGCUGUCAUGGCCAGGCUGUCAUGCUGCAGACAACCGCUGCAGUGCAGGCAGGGGCCAGCGGAGGAGCUGUGGUGCGGGCAGGAUCAGGAGAGCUGCUAGGUCUGGUUUCCAGUAACACCAGAGACUUUUCUGCCAAGGUGACCUACCCUCACCUGAAUUUCAGUGUCCCAAUGACUGUCUUGGAACCGUUGCUACGGAGAUACGCCCAGAAGGGCGACAUUGGUGUGUUCCGGGACUUGGAUACGACCGAUGAGGGAGUCAAGAGGUUGUGGAGGCUACAGACUGCUCAGAGCAAACUGUGACUAAUUACACACACACACACACAGAGCACUUACAAAGACUUUCUCACUUUUCUAUGACCUUGUUUUAAGGUGCUAUAAAUAUCGGUUUGAAAUGUGAGAACGUUUAUCUACCAUCACGUCAUUUCUUAGGCUUGCUAACACCAGACUUUCUAAGUCCUUGACCGUGAGUCACAGCUCGCUGUGUAGUCACGUGGGUCGCGUGUCAGACUAGUCUUGUCUCUCCUCAAUGUUACAAUACCAUGAUAUGGUAACAUGAUUACCACGACGAAGAGUGGACCAGAGCUGACUAACAUUCCAUCUCUGAAGUACUGGUAUUUCAAAUGGGUUGAUGUUAGUACAUACAUGAUUCAUUCAUGACACUGUCUUCUUGUGUAACAUAUUGAUUGUUCUCGUACAAUAACGAUCUUAUAUGAUAGGAUUUAUAAUGACCCAUCUUGUUUUUUCCCCCCCAAUGUCAUACACACAGGUACUUAUCUUAUAAAAUGAGCUAUAGUGAGUCUUCACAGCAUGAGAGCACAUAACGCUUUAGAUACAAUCUCUACAGAUUAGUACCGAACACCUUCAGCGGUUUCCACCAUGUCAUCUUCUCUGUUUUCAUACUGUACCCAUCUCGAGGAUAAAUUCCUACUAUUACAGUAAAGCAUCAUAAAAUUAAAACCAUUGCAUGGACCCCCUUAAGUGUCAGAUUUACAGCUGGUGAAGUUACACACGGCUCACUCCCGGCCAGGCGGGAUGGGAGGAGAAAUCUGAUUAUCUGACGUUGCACAGACUGAUUGGUCCCUUUGGGUAGCUCAGAGGAAAAAGAUGUCAAGACCCCUUUUCACACAUCUGUUAUUCUCUCCCUUGCACUCAGAGAGAGGAGCUUAUAGAUGUCAGACCUGGGUUCAAGUACCAUUUGAAAUAAUUGCAAAUACUUUGGCUGGGCUUUAUUGAGCUUCCCCGAUGCAAUGAACCAAUAGAAUAGCCGAUCUGGCACGCGAGGUAGGCUGGAGCAAACUUCAACGUUUUUGAAAGUUUUCAAAUAGUAUUUGAACCUGUUGUAGACACUGAGGUAACACUUUAUUAGGGCUCUAAAUCCGUAUCGCGGAAGUUCAGGAUGAUAGAAAUUUAAAGGUAAUGUUCCUGCGUUAGCAUAGACUGCAUUCACUGUGAACGCUGCAUUUUUAGGCUCACUCAGAAAUUACCUUUAAAUUUAUAUCCCGGAUUCCAUCAUGGCAGAAAUAUGAUUAAAAAGGAUUGAUUACUUUUCCAUUUGAAAAAUUACAUUGCAAGGCAGUAGAGCUUAACAGGGUUUAGAAAGCUCAUACUAAACCUGUGCCAACAGAAAGCGCCACGGCUGUUUGCUAGCCUUCUAUAGAUGUAAGCCUCAGAAGCAGCAGAAAAAGGUUAGGAGGAAUGGAAGUGAACUGAACUGUUGGACAAAAGACCAAGGAGAGGAUAAUCGCUCGUGGACAGAUUCACGUGUAAACGGCGAGAAUGGGAAGUGACAACUUCGCAAGAACUUUACUUCUGGGAAACCAAGAUUAAGGAGAAGACAGUAUGACAGGAGUAUGGUGGCCUGGUAGGGCCAUAUAGAACCAAUGUAUUUUAUUAUUAAACACAAUGUUGAUCCACAGAUGAUACAACGGACACUUGUCAAUCAAGCAGUACUGUCUGCCAGUAUCUCAAGGCAUUAGCAAUACAGGACUAAUAAUAAUAGUCGCAAAUCUGUCUUCAGACACUUAUUCACAUUUAGGAGUGUAGAGUGAGAAACUUUAUUUUACUAGACUUGAUGAGACAGAGCACUACUGUCAUAGAUGAGCUGAAGCAUAAGGGAUGGAAUGGGGAUAGUUCAAUUAUGCAAUAGAAAUACAAUGAGUAUAAAGUCGAUUCCUCUCCUCAUCUCCUCUCCUUCGGCACUAAUUUGAAAGCACUGGGUUGGUGAAAACAGUAAGCAAAAGCCUGAAGGAAAUGGGCUUUUAUCUGUCCAGUUCUUUCAUAUCAGUGCAGAGAAAGAAGGAAAUUAAGGAUAGGAGCCAAGGGUAGGAAGCCACUUUUGACUAAUUGAGAAGCAUCCAAAAGCAUCUCCAGUUCCUAACAUGAGCACAUAACCUCCAGCUGCUUCCUGCCUUUAACUUUAAAUGUUCAGCUGCUAAAAACUUCUCCAGGAGAAUGUUGUCUUGCACAUACAACAGAAAAAAUAAAGAUAUUCACAAGAAUUUAGGACACAUCUCCUGA